GGAUCACUGCUAGUUCGAGGCCAGCCUGAACAUAGCAAGACCCCGUCUCAAAAAAAAAAAAAUUGUUUCCUGUAUAGCUGUUGAUUUGAUGCAGUUUUUAAAGAGACUAUUUUAUGUACCUUUGAGCUGAUUUUCCAUUUUGUCGUAAUAUGGUUUGUCACAGUACUGCUUUAGGGUUCACACUUCCCUAAAUCCCAUGGUGAAUAAGAAUAAAUGGGUGUUUUAAUUUUUGUGUGUUAAAAAGCCCAUACAAAUAGAGUUUAAAAUUUCAUGAGUGAUAACAUUGAUGCAAAAUAGUGUAUUUCAAUAGAAUUGUGUAUAAGGUAAAUGUAUUUAUGGAAUUUUGAAAGAAUAUUAGGGAAUUUUCUUUAAGCAACCCAUUAAGGAUUCAGAGAGUCAUUUGAACAAUGAAAGCAGCAUUUAGCCAGAUGAGAAAUCUCAUAAGAACAAACAAUGCAUAUUGAGAAUUUUUGCCUCUGGUUAUAAACAGCUUUGUAGCUAGCAGAAAGUCAUGGGGGAGGUACUGGGUAGUGAUGGGGGUAUGAGCUUCAGCUAGACACUUGCCACAUGCCAGUCAACUGACCUUUACUAGCUGGUCCCUGUGGCUCAUCUCCUUUGUGGAUAAAAAAGAUAUUAUUGCUGGGCUUCUAGGAUUAUUGUGGGAAUAGAUUAAUAUGGAAAGGUUGGCUGGGCCAGGGGGUAUAGCUCAGCAGCACAAGUACCUGCCUGGCAAGUGCAAGGUCCUGAGUUUGAUUCCCAGUACCAAAAAAAAAAAAAAAAAAAGAAAAAAGAAAGGAAACUACCGAAAUCCACCCUAGGGAGGUAGGAGAUGGACUUGAGCUAUUCUAGUUUUUUUCUCCUAACUGUUAACAUACCCCAAGGCAUCAGCCUAAAGACGGUGUUGUGGUGAGGUGCCAGUGUGCAAAAGGAACUGUAAUUUUUCCUCUACUUCUAAUUUACUAGGCUGUUGCUUACAUGUGUACUGUACUUGUUGACAAACUGAAAGUGGAUGUAUGAUUUUAAGGCUUGGUUAAAUAGGCAUUUAAGCCUCCCCAAAAAGUGUUUUUAGAAGACUUCCUAUCACAUAGCAGUAGUGUAUUCCAUAAUCAUAAGGUAUUAUUACUAUGUAUGAUUACCUCUCUCACAUUACAAAAUUUGCAAGAUUUUAUGAGUGGAGCUAACUAAAGCAAGUACUGUCUUAAUUUUUGAAAAGGUUAUCAUUCAGUUAUUUAGUGACUUUAAAGUGAAUUACCUAAAAAUGUAAAAAUCAUCAAUUCAAAAAUUCAUAGUACUGGUCAACUGCACUGAAAUUUUUCUAAUAAUUUUAGUUGGAUUCUUCACUGGUUGAGAAGCUCUGUACAAAAAUGUGAAAUGGUAGUUGGCAUCAUAUGCCAGCUUUCAACCAUGUAUUUUGUGGGAGUUAGUUUUAUGUGAAAGGCAGACUUAACGGCACACAGAAGCCAAAUUGCUGACUUGACUGAAGAGAAGAAAGCCAUACAGAUGAGAUGUAGUUGGGGUGAAAGUCAAUAUAAUGUUCAGGUAGCAAGAAAAUUGAGAGUCAUUUUGGAAAGCCUUUCAGCAUCAUAUGAAGAGCUCUAAGAAUGGUCACGGAAGAGGGAGUGGCUCUACCUCUUCAGUAGGAGGAAAAAACCCUAAGUAUGCACAGCUCUGUGCUCAGUGAAAACUCUGCUAUAAUUUGUAAUGAAAUUGAAAACAACCAGACUAUUGACCAGAGAGCAUGAUAGCAAGAAUGAUCCAUGUAUUGAAUAGUUGGGCCAGUCACAAAGCUUGGAAGUUGUUCAUCUCUGGGAAUCCUCAGAACUUUUCUCUUUUGCAGGUGUUGGAAAAUAAUAAAUUAAAAAAUGGCAGAGCUUGAACUGGAAAUGUUUACUCCAGUUGGAUGGAUGUAAACGUGGAUCUCCCCAACCCCAGAAGCUUUAUUUAAUAUGGGGCAGCAUUUGUAUGUGCUUUUCUGACAGGCAUGAGUCUACAUUAGGAAAACUUUUACUUUUUUACUUUAAAACACUUGCAUACUGUUUAUUUUAUUUGACUGUCAUGUGUUUUUUAAAGUUACAUAACCUGUAUAAAAAUAUACUGUACUGGGCAGAUACAAAGCAAUGGUUUUUCCAUUUCAUUUUUGUAUUUUUAAAAUGGACAUUUUUAUAUUGGAAAUAAUAGUGGGCACAUAGCUUAGUUUUAGUUUUAUAUAAAAAAUACACUGGUGCCUUAGUGAACUGCACAUUCAUUAAUGGAUUGAAGUGUUCAGAACUAGUACUACUAUAUCUGCAUUUCAGCCCACGUGGAAAGAAGCAGAGUCUGUGCAGCCCCACAGACCAGAGCUCUUCCAAGGAGACACUGAGGGAGCUCAAGAGUUAAAGGUUGAAGAGGGCGAAUUUGGCAUUGUAUUACCAGUUUCUCACAUAGCUGCCAAACUGGAUAUACAACUAAUAGAUGGUGACUGUAUCCUUACUAGAAAGAAGGACCCUGCUCCUAAAUGAUGGAUUGGAUUACACCCUCUCUUAAGGCAGGACUGUAGAAUUACAAUUUUUAUACUACUAUUAAGAUUAUGUAAUAAAGAUUAUGUUACAUCCAUACUCUCCAAAGAUACAUUUUCAGUGAUAAUGAUAUGCUUCUUGAAUUUUGAAAUAAUACCUUUACUGAUAAAAUUUAUUCAUUCAAUUACCACUUAUCUAGCGCUUUGUGUGUGUCAGAUACUGUGAGUCAGGGGAGGCCUCAGUGCAGAUGACAGACGUGGUUUCUCUUGUGCAGCUUCAGACUGAUCGAAAGACAUGGUGUCACUCAUACAGAAAGGAAAGGGGAAAAGUACUGCGGCACCCCAUUUAGUUAUGGUUUAUUUUACUUCUGGGUGACCUAUAGUUUUCUUGCUUAUUGACAAAAGAACAAAUGUGUUACUAUAAUACUAGCAUUUACAGUGUGAAAAUUUUUCAGGAUUACUGAGUGAGGAUAUCUAGUGUCCUCAUUUAUCAAACAGAUGAGGUAGUUCAAUUGCCUUUAAGUGGAUGCAGCACUUGCAGUCAGAUGUUUGCUGCUAAGCUCACCUCCUUUCACCUGCAGAUGCCAUUUCUUGUUUCACCAAGAAGUAAAAGGAGUGGGGGCUAUGGAGACUCACCCCUCCUUCCCCACUCUGUCCUGUUUCAGCUUCUCCCGUCUCAGCUCCCAAGUUUAUCAGCACCGUUUCCCACUUUUUCAUUAUGAGCAUUUUGGGAGCGUUGUGCACACUUCACACUUCUGUUCUUCAGAACUUCACUCUGGCCACACAACCUCUGCACAUCUCACAUGGUCACCACUGACCUUCCAGGAGCCAGGACACUUUUGAGUCCUGUCUGAUUUGAACUGUGGCCUCAACAUAGAGCCACAUGGGAAUCUCCUGUCUGGAUGCCUUUGUUUCUGGUACUGGGGCUUGAACCCAGGGCCUCAUACCCACUAAGCGUUUGCUAUAACACUGAGCUACACUUUCAGCGUUCCUUUCCUGCUCUUGGCUUAAUGGUGGGCUUCUGUGCUAACUCCAAAACCCAUCUUACUUUAACUUAAUUCAUCAGUAGUGACUCUUUUUCUAAGUAAGUCACAUUCUCAAUUUUGGGAACUGGGAUUUCCUAUUUUUUUUAAGGGGAGCACAGUUCAACCCAUAAUGCAUGAAGUUGAUAUAAGCUUUUUAGAGGGCAUGGACACAGUAUUUAUAAAGAUCCUUUAGCAUGUCCACUGUCUGUUGCUGAGAUUCUAUUUUGUGAUUAGAAAUUCUAUUUUAUGAUUAGAAGUAAUGAAAUAUGUCCACAAAUUGAGGGUAAAAGUGUAUACAGAUAAGUGAUAUUCAUGAAAAAUCAGCAAAUAACAGAAUGAUGAUGAAAUAAUGGCAUAUAAAAACCGGAUAAAAAUAACAUUGUUAAUAAUUAUGUGAUCAUAUUGUGUUAAUAUAAAUAAAUUUUCAAAAUAUACACAGAAAAAAAGAUUGGACAGAAUAAGCAAAAAUGUUAGUAGUAGUGACCUCUGAGUAUGGGAUUGGAAGUUAUUUUACAGUGGUACCUCAUUGAGCCUAACCAUUGAAUUUGAUUCGAUUUUCAUCUAACUCAGAUUGCCACCAGAAUCGUGGAAAGAAUCAAGUUCAUGAACCAAGGUUAAAAAUUUUGCAGUUAUUUAUCUCGUGGAUAUUACUGAAGUACCUGACUUCAACAAAAUGUAUGAGUUAUAUGAUCCUUGUACUGUCAUGUUUUUUUUCAGGAACAAACACAUCAUGAUUGACUUGGGCACUGGCAACAAUAACAAGAUUAACUGGGCCAUGGAAGAUAAGCAGGAGAUGGUUGACAUAAUAGAGACCGUGUAUCGUGGUGCCCGCAAAGGACGAGGCCUGGUGGUGUCUCCCAAGGACUAUUCUACAAAAUACAGAUACUGAGGCACUGUCAUCACAGUCUGCAGAUAAAUGCUGUGGAGCUGUUUUUAUGUGGAAAUAUUUUCAACUGUGUAGAGCCUUUGGAAAAUCACGUGGAACUCAGAGGCUUGGAGGGUCCUUGAGUAAGGGUUGCACACCUUAACUAAUUGAAGCAAAUAAACACAUGUUGAAGGAACAAUCACAAUUGUUAAGAAAAUA